GCGGUCGACGUGCGGCGCUUCCGGAAAGAUGGCGGCGGCUGAGGCGACGGCGGAGCCGGCCGCGGCGGGCGAGGAGGAGGAGGAGGAGGACGACGACGACGAGGACGACGACGACGACGACGACGACGAGGAGGACUCGUCGUCGUGGCCGCCGUGCGCGGCGGUGUCCGAGGCCGGGGCGGAGGCGGGCGCGGGCCCGGGCCGGUCCCCGCCGUCGUGGUCCCCGCCGCCGUCGUCGCCGGAGCGGGCGGUGCGGCGGCUGCGCGCGGAGCGGCGGCGUCUGGACUCGGCGCUGCUGGCCCUCGCCUCGCACUUCGCGCAGGUGCAGUUCCGCCUGCGCCAGGUGGUGCGCGGGGCCCCGGACGACCAGCAGCGCCUCCUCCGAGAGCUCGAGGACUUCGCCUUCCGCGGCUGCCCGCACGUCCUCGGCCCCCCCGGGACCCCCGGGACCCCCGGGACCCCCGGCCUCGGGGCCCGGCGCCGCCUGCCCGCCCGGGACGCGAGUGAGCGGGAGAAACAGCAGCACUUGGAAGUCCAGAGGGAGAGGCAGCGGGAGCUCAUCGUGCAGCUCAAGACCCAGCUGGAUGACCUGGAGACCUUUGCCUACCAGGAGGGCAGCUACGACUCACUCCCCCAGUCCGUGGUGCUGGAGAGGCAGCGGGUGAUCAUCGAUGAGCUGGCCAAGAAGUUGGGGGUGAACCUGAGUGAGGACGUGGGCGUGUUCUCUCCGGAGGAGCUGCGGCAGCGCGUGGACGCCGCCGUGGCCCAGAUGGUCAAUCCCGCUCGUGUGAAGGAGCAGCUGCUGGGGCAGCUGAAGACCCAGAUCCGAGACCUCGAGAUGUUCAUCGCUUUCAUCCAAGACGCAGUUGGGAGUCCCUCGCAGACGGAGGAUGGGCGCUGUGAGUGCGGGACCGGCCCCGUGCCCGCCGGGGCCUCUUCCCGAACGGGGACCCGGCCGCGCCCGGGCAACGCCAAGGUGACCCCCGAAGAAGCCCGGAAGAUGCGAGCGACGGGGUUGCAGCUGCUGCGCCGGGCGCUGGCCGUGCUCCAGAUGUUCGCCGUCACUCAGCUGGGCUGCGCCACGGGCCACGUCCCCCACCCGCUCUGGCGACCCGGCCACGGGGACGGGGACUACGGGCCGCUGCUGCGCAGGCUGGAGGCCUCCGUGGACAGGGUACGGCAGCUAGCCCUGAGGCCCCCGCCGCCCCCGGGCCAAGCCCCCGGCGGCCUGCCGGACCUCUCCCCCGCCAGCAAGGACGAGCUGACCGUGGCCGUGCGCAGGGAGCUGACGGCGGCCGUGCGGGACCUGCUGGCCCACGGGCUGGGGGCCGCCACGGCCUCCCCCGGCAUGAGCCUGGUGCUGGCUCCCAUCGCCUGCCUGCUGCCCGUGCUCUCCUCGGCGGCCACCUCCCCACGUGCCAUGCACCCCUGGGAGCUCUUCGUCAAGUACUACGAGGCCAAGGACGGGCGGGCCUUCGCCGAGUCCCCGGCCCGCAAGCUCUCCCAGGCCUUCGCCCUGCCGGUGGGCGGGGGCGGCUCAGGGACCCCCGAGCAGGGCCUGUUGGCGGCCGUCCACCUGGUGCUGACGGAGCACGGCCCCUUCAAGCGCGGGGCCGACUCGGAGCUCAAGGCCCUGGUGUGCCUGGCCCUGAACGAGCAGCGCCUGGUCUCCUGGCUCAACCUGGUCUGCAAGUCGGGGGCCCUCGUCGAGCGCCACUACCAGCCCUGGAGCUACGUGGCCCACACGGGCUUCGAGGGCGCCCUCGCCCUGCUCAGCCGCCUCAGCGGCCUCCGCUUCAGCCUCCCCGUGGACCUGGCCGUCCGCCAGCUGAAGAACAUCAAGGACGCCUUCUGAGGGUGCCGUCCGGCCAGGCCCCGCACCCCCCUACCCCCCAGUGCCCUUCCCCUCUCCCCUCCCACCCCCUUCCCCGCCCUUCUCCUCCUCCGCCCCCGGCCCCCCGAGCCUGGGAUGGGUGGCGGGGACUGGGUGGCGGGACUGGGGCGUCCCCCGACCCCAGGCCUGCAGGGUCAGGAGUCUACCCUUAGCCUGCUCCUUGCUACACGGGACCGGCCACCUGGGCCCACCCGGGCCCUGCACUUGUUUGGAAGGCCCACGGGCUCCCCGUGGUGGGCCCCCAGGGGUGGACCGUGAGGCGGCGGGGGCCCGCCUGUGGGGACCCCGUGGCUGCAUGGGCGGAGCUGGAGCCGGAGACGUCCCCCGUCCCUUGCCUCACUGCCCCCAGAGUGCUUUGGGGCGGGGGGUUGGGCGGGCUGCUGUCGCCGCCUCACAUCUCCUCCCUGCCCUGACCCACGUCCACCGGUCCCCACUGGCCACCUAGCGCGGCCCCUUCCGGUCUCGGGAUGGGGCUGCCGAGCAAGGAGCCAGGCGGGUGCUCUCAUCCUGGCCGGCGCCACCAUCCGCCCCUUCCUUGGUCCCCGGCACCCAGUCCCCGCGCCCCUGCUGGCCAUGCUGCUGGUCUGGGUGGCCACCCCCGCCGGCCGCAACAGAGGAGUUUCUCCCGCACCCUCCACCGGGGGAAACCAGCGGCCCCCCACGGGGGAGCCCAGAGCCGAGGGGACUCCAGCUUCGGGGGCCCGUGAAGCGACACGGCGGUAGCCGGGGGGGCCCGAGCGCGGCCGGCCAAGGUGGAGUCUGCUUUCAGCUGCCCUUUCCGGAUCUCGGUCGGGGUCGGCUCCGGUUCCGAACCCGCCUCGCUCCGGUUCCCAAUAAAGCCAGCAUUUACGGGAA